GAAAGAACUGCCUAGUCAAAGAUGUAGAUACAUUUGUUACUUGACUAUUCUUAGCGUUCUGUGCAAUGCUUUUCAUUGCAUAAGCACUUUGCCAUAACUAUAUGAUUCUAUUUUCCUUUGUAGAUGGACGAGUCGUCAAUGCAACAGUUAAUACAAUCCGGACAGGGUUAUACAUUUCCUAGUACUCAAAAUACACAACUUCUAAGUCGUGCGGGGUUAUCUGUUACGUCCAACACAAUGGCUGCAGGUACACCGUCCGUACUUAAUACCUUUUCAUCACAACCAUUUUCAGGUUAGUCUCUAACUGAUUAGUGGAUGAAGGUUUUAUCCAAAAUUAUCAAGUUGAAGGUGAAUGUAUUAUUCAGUCAAAUUGCUGAGACGUAUUACAUUUACCGAAACCUUGAUAAUUUUGUUUAUUAUAUGGACAAUGGUGUUUUACUGGAAACUAAAACACUCGUAGAACUCAUACGUCACUACAUCCGGGACCAGGUGCGCGUAUUUUCCGUAUUUCACCCCUGCUAGUGACAUACGAAGUUCGAAAAUUUCCCGCCAUUUUCAUUGUUGUUGUUUUGAAAAUACAAAUGGUCUUUGGUUCGUAUUUAAAACGAAAUUAACGUUGGAAAUAAAACGAAAACAUUUAAAAGACAUCUUGAGAUAAGUAAAAUGUAUUUUAGUUUUAUGUUUGCACUUUAAUUUUAAAAAUAUCGCUUUUAUACUGGUCUUUCGCGUGCUUAUUUACAUAUCGUCUUUGUAUGUAUUUUUUGUCACUCUGAAUAAGUCCAUAUAAUAAACAGAACAUUAAACGGUUGCGACAAGAUAUGGAUUUAUGUUCUCGUGUCAAAAAUAAUAUCUCAUUCGUUCGCUGCGCUCACUCGUGAGAUAUUAUUGUUUUUGCCACUCGAACAUAAAAUCUAUAUCUCUUCGCAACCGUCUAAUAUCCUCUAUAUAUUCAAUUUUGUUUCAUUACAUAUUAGGUUAUUAAUAAGUGACUCAUAGGAAACAUCUUAUUAUUGCUAAAUUUCAGUGGCAGCGGAACGUUUUCCGGACCGGAUCUAACCUUUUUCCCUGCCUCGUCCCCAGGCGCUAUAAAAAGAUUUCACGUACGAGUCACAUAUAAAAGGUUUACAUGAAGUGGUGCAUCGCGACGAACAAGCUCAAAGGUUUAUAGGCUUGAGGCAUAACUACUUCAUGUAAACCUUUUAUAUAGUGACUCGUAUGUGAAAUGCGUAUAUGCCUGGGGACGAGGCAGCCUUUUUCCUACUUGCUAUUUUUAAUACACUUGCCGGUUUUCUUUCAUCUUUCCCGAUUAUUGUCUCUAAAUUUCCGCAUUUUUAUAUAUAAACUUCAAAAUUUGGAAUCUUAUCCAUUUUUUUUUUUUUUUGGCUCACCCACUUAUUUUUGUGGAGGGCUUUACCCCCUAGCCCCCCCCCUGUUCCACCGCCACUACUAAAUUUAUACUGGUUUCUAAUUUCCCCAAGUCAUUUAGAAACUAUAUAGCGAUUAAAUUUCCCAGCCGUCGAGGUAAUAUUUGUGAAAGUCCGAGGGCGUUAGUCUAAGGAAGUUUUCGAAUAUCAGUGGAUUAAAGGAAAAAUCAGACCGUUUAUUAUAUAAACAUAAGUGUUAUAUAGAAUUUUUGGCCACUGAGAAAAAUCGUAUUUAAACACACGUAAAAAAUACGAUAUUCAGUUUUACGUGUGAAAAUAUCAUUUGUUGUAAAACGCAUUGCCACGGACGUUUUAUUGUUUUUCACUGAAUUUUGUUUAUAUAAUAAACAGAAAAAUAUCAUGUUGAACACUCGAAAUAAAUCUGGUAUUUCCGCGCACCCAUGUAUUAUUCUCUAUAUCUUUAUCAGUGCUGAUAAUGUCAAUGAUGAUAGUAGCACCGAUGGAGAUCCGGGAAUUGACUGGCAUACAAAUAAGUUUUUGUCUUCUAAUUUUCCCUCAUUGAUAUACAAGGAAGAUUAUAGAAGACAAAGAAAACCUUUCCCUACCACUAAGUUUCCCUCCUGCAUAUCAUUAUAAGCACGGGGAAAGUAGAAGACAAACGAUAAACGUCCCUCGUGCAUGAACAAUAAUGGAAAUACGAGGUUUACAUUCCUUUGGAGAAAAAAAGAACCCGAGGAGAUCAGGGUAUCACUGUAAAAAUAUAUCACACAGGGAAGAGUAAACCCGCUUAAAGAAUUUUAUUUGGCGAAUGAUUUCCUCUUUCUUGUACAAAUUAAAUACUUUGACAAUUAAAUUGUGCCCACAAAGAAAUUCGUAUGAGAUAAGCCAAUGAUUUUUCUUUCUGCAAUAUCAGGGGCUAGUAGCAGCGUUGACACAUCCCAACAGUUGAGUCUCCAACAGUCGCAACCACUCGCUCAUCAGAAAUCACUAAAUCAGGAAACAAUGCAGCAAUCAUUCAUGUCACAACUAAAUGCUUCACAACCUACUACGCCUUUACAACAUCCAAUGACGUCGUCUUCGCUAAGGCAUCCAGUGGUUUCUGUCCAGAAACCGUUUUCACAAAGAAUAAAUUUUUCUAAUCUUCUACGCCAAAGUACAGGUAUUGUGUUUGGAUCAUUUCCGUUUCUCCAAUGAGUAGAAGAAGUUUGAUGUCCCCAUUACAAACGCGAAGAGAAAUAUAAUCACAGAUGUGCAAUUAUUAGCAGUAUGAAUGACUUGGGUAAAUGCCGUAUAAGGCACCGCUUCUAUAAACCACGCUGGAGGAAUCUGUUUCGAAUAAGGUUCUCAGCUGUUCUCCAUAGAGGGCUAAUAACGCCUUUAGUUAUUGGUCCAGUACUGCUACAGGUGGAGAAAAUCGCGGUAAUACCCGGAGAAAAGCAGCAGUAUUUGGUAGACUCAAUUAUUGUCAGACAACGUCAUGCAACUAAUGGCUAUGCCGACCACGCCCCAUUCUGUAAAUACAACCUCUGGAAACAAUUCUGACAUGGCUAUCUUUUAAAAGGGGAAUGGAGGAACGGGGAGUAUCGGGGAAUGGGGAAAUAUCUCGGGGAAUAUUGGGGAAUAUCGUAUUCCCCUUUUAAAGAUCUUCAAAAGGGGGAAUAUGAUAUUCUCCUGUUGUGCUGUGCACAUGUAUGCUUUAUUAAUCUCAAUGUCUCUACACUCAGGCAGCGUUUACACUGUAGCGUUUUCGUAGCGUUCUCGUAUUGUUCGAGAGAACUAGACUAUUGUCUUGCGUUCCCUUGAGGAUUAAGAACAAUACGAGAACGCUACGAAAACGGUACAGUGUAAACGCUGCCUCGGGUACUAUGAAUAUAUGAUUACAUGUUUACAUGUUUACAUGUUAGCAAUACGUUAGUGAAUAAUUAGCAAUUAUAAUUAGUCUUAUCUAUUAUACACAUUAAGUUAUUACAUCUCCGUUCCCCCAUUCCCCGCCCCCAUUAAUUCUGACAUCCGUAAUGCAAUUUUCGUUACUUUCUUUUUCAGUUGGUGGUUCUGUCAAUCUUCAACGCCAGAUGUCAGCACCCGCAAAAAUAACUUUACCAGGGCAACUCGCAAAUGAAUUGGCGUUACAAGGACAACUUUCACAAUCGCAGAAUUUAAACCAAUCUUCCCAAAAUCAACAAUACUCUAAUUUUCAACCGCCUUUCCAUUAAAACAGCAUCACAAUUACAAAGCUAAUACUUGUUGUUUGGUCACUGAUAAAAAAUGAAAAGAAAACUUUCAAGUUAUUACUUUGGAAAUUGCGGCCACAAAUUGCACGCGUACAUUGUACAUGAUGACGUGUGCUGAAUAUUAUUAUAUUAUUGAGGCGAACUACUAAUACGGGAAUUAUUUAAUUAUCGGUAGAAUUUCGAGGUUAAGAAAAGGCUGAAGGGCCAAAAAUAAUUAAGAAAGUAAAACAAAACAAAGCGCGCGCGAAAAUUCCUGACUGAGGCCCCCACUAUGCCAUGUGAUGUAUACAGAGGCGAUGGUACUAAUUCCGCCCAGCUAUUUACACUGGGUUAAAGACUGCAUAGCGGAUCCAUAAAUCACAUUUGUGGCUUUGUUGUAUAUGUGGUCAUCAUCACUAUUUCACUAUUUAUAGAAAACAGACAAUCAUAUAGCCAUAGGGAAAUGCCUAUAGGUGGCAAAUGCCCAAUAGUCAGGUAAUACAGUCUUAAAACUUUCUUAAAACUUUGUAC